AUGGUCGCCGCCAAGAAAACUAAGAAGACUCAUGAGAGCAUCAACAAUAGGCUGGCUCUAGUGAUGAAGAGCGGAAAAUACACCCUUGGCUACAAGACCGUCCUCAAAUCUCUCCGCAGCUCCAAAGGUAAACUGAUUCUCAUUUCUAACAAUUGUCCGCCGCUGAGGAAAUCUGAGAUUGAGUACUACGCUAUGCUGUCAAAAGUUGGGGUUCACCACUACAAUGGAAAUAAUGUUGACUUGGGAACUGCAUGUGGCAAAUACUUCCGAGUUUCCUGCCUUAGCAUUGUCGAUCCAGGUGACUCGGACAUCAUCAAAUCAUUGCCUGGCGAUCACUAA